UUAUAGGAGCGUCUCUGUUUGUCCGAGUGAUCUUCUCCCACCUGUUGAUUUCUGCCGUUUUCUUCCUCCUUUCCCUCCUCAUCUUUUGUCCCUUCAAUUGCUUUCGUGCUAGUUUCUUUUCUGCUUAGUUCCUUUGGUGUUGGGUGGGUUUCUCUCGAUCAAUUUGGGACUAGGGUUUAUCAUUUUGAGGGUUUCAUGAUCAUCCAUCUAGCUUCCUGGGGGGAAUUAACUGCGAUUCGAUUUUGAUCUGCUUGGGUUUUGUGGGUGUUGGAUCUUGUGCCUCCAUUGGGGUAGUCGGUGGCGAUCUUCUCUGUGCUUACGUUUUGCUCUUCACCGAUAAUGUAUGUGGUUCGAUUCGCAAGCUCUUUGGCUGGCAUAGGGUCACUUGUGGUGUGGUCUAGUGUUUUGUGCUUUCUUUUUUGUGUUAGUGCUUUCGAUCUUGUGUAUUACCAUGUUUGUUGUCUGUGGCUUUUCUCGAUUUCGACUAGCCCUUGGUAAAUUACUUAUAUUUUGGAAGAUUUGGUGGUGCACUGUACCUUUGGUUAAUAUCUUUGCUUAUGCAUAUCUGUUUUUCUUUGUGUGUGGAAAUAAUAUAUUCUCUUGUUCUUGUGGGUUGGGGGUUUGUUUUAUUGUUAUACUGGGUUUUCAUAUGCUCUGUUCCUUUUCUAUCAUGGGUUUUGCGUGUGUUGGGCUAUGUAGGCACUAUGGUGUGCUCCAGAUAAAGGAUUUCGACAACCAAAUUGUUUAUAGCCGGGGAUGGUUCUAUCAGAUCGGGUCUUUGUGGAGUUCGUCCUUAUGGAUGUUUUUGAGUUUGGUGCAUGGAUGGCUUAUAGAUACUCUGGAUGCUUUGUGUGUGGGGCAGGAUCGGCUUGUUUUGCUCCUUCUCCAGGAGCCCGACGGCCGUGUUGGGUACAGUUCUGCGAUUGUCGACUCAUGGGUACUCGUCAGUUUCAGGGUUAAAGUUUGUUCGUGCAGAGCAGAUACAGACUUCUAUUCUACCGACAACGUAGGACUUUUUUCCAGAUAUUAGAUUUAGAUUUUAUCUUCAGUUUUACUUCCAUGCAUUUUGGGAUUUUAUUAGGGGUCCACUAGAGAUGGAUUCCCGAGUUGUAAACUUAUGGAGUUUGGAUUGUCAAGAUUUAAAUAUUUAUAUUUGAGGAUUUAUUUUAGUUUCUUUCCGCUCAUUAUAUUAUUUCUUUAAUCA